UGGAGAAGGCUGGGAGGGGACAAAAAGCGGCGUGAUAUACAGUGCUUUCUUCAUGGCUCCAAUUCGCGUAGCUUUGAACAUCUACUCAGGACUCGAAGCUGUAACAAGAACAUCAGUCAAACACAUACAGUACAUUGACACUGCACAUUAUUUGACAUAUCCCUUACUCUUGCAAGCUUAUCAAGUCGCAAACAUAUCUAUGAUCUAAGUCAGUCUUUCGUUCACCUCACCUCACCGAUACCCCUCCGCAACCCUCACCUGCAUCAUCACUUUUCCAUCCAGUGGUGCCCACACCCAGCCUCACGGUGACUGUCCAACCAUGGCUUAGUUAACCAUCGAUUCCUUUGAUCAACGAGCCUGGAACUUCUUUCAACCUAGUCGACCGUCUAAGUACCAGCCGACCACUCCACUACCAAACAUGGCUCUAGCAAUGGAGUCCAGCAUGCCUCCGGCGCAGGACACCGAUCUCAUGGACAUUGAUAUUGACAUGGACAUGGACGACAAUGUCGCUGCGAUCGACGAUGAAUACCAACUCGAAGAAGGCGAAGAACCCUCGUUUGUACCAUCAUCACACGCCCCGGUCCAAGACACCUCAGCCCUCAUCCCUGCCAUUUACACCGAAGAUCCCGCUCUCGAACCACAAUGGAACAAGAUCCACAUCCGCGGCGUAGACGACUUCCACACCAACGAUAUCCUAGGCUUUGUACACGACCACUUUAGUGACGUGGGCGACGAUGUACACAUCCAAUGGAUCGAUGACACUUCUGCCAACAUCUGCUUCAAAGACAACGAAAAAGCGAAACGAGCACACCUACUGUUUCUCGCGAACCCAAUCACCGAGGUGGAAUUGACCAAUGCGCCAUUCGAAAUACGCUCCGCGAAACCGCUAGCAAGCAGACCGGGAAGCAUGCUCGUCGUGCGAGUCGCGCAGCAAGGUGAUCGAAAGAGAAAAAAUGCCAAAGACGCGAGCAGAUACUACCUCCUACACCCAGACCAAGAUCCCACAGAGCGCAUGCGCACUGAAUUCGCAAACACCAGAGGCGACUACCGAAGACGAAAAUUCGACGACCGCGAACUCCACAGAAGAAGGCGAGACAACGACGCGAACGCAGACCCAACUGAUUUCUCAGCCAACAUGUACGACGACGCACCCGCUGCAUCCACAGACACAGAGACAGCCGGCAGAGGACGAGAUCUCUUCUCGCGUGUGACCAAAGGCAGAGGUAGAGGACGCAGCGCCAGUCCAAGCAGGAGAACACGAAACAGCGACGAGAUCGACAUUUCCGACUCCGAAGGCGAAACCAACACUCGGCGCAGAGGUUACCGCGACCGCAACGACCGCGGUGGUGGUCGCUCGAACGUCGGCAAGGAACUCUUCUCCUCAGGAUCAAACCGAAAAGGCGGCGGAGGUCUACAUUCAGACAAUAUCGAGCUCUUUCCGUCUAGAGCAUCCGACGGCGAUACAUCUAUGGUUGCUGAAUCCGCAAACGCUGGCUCGAGGCCGUUCCCUGACCCCGCAAAUUCACGCGCCAAUGCCGCCGCCGCGAAACGCUUAAAAGCCGACCUCCUCAGUGCAGCACAGACGAGUCCGCGCUCGCACCACCGCCGGAGUCAUGCCAUGGACGCCAAGAAUGCAGAGGAUCUGUCGGAACGGUUCGCACGGAAAUCCAUCAGCAUCGACAGCACAAAGUCCUUCAACAACGGCACGAAUAGUGGUGUGGAAUUGUUUCCUUCGGACACCAGCACGAACGGCCGUGGAUUGAGCAUCAAGGGGUCUGGAGGUUUGAGUAUCAAGGGACGCGCGCAGGUCAAGGAGCUGUUUCCGAAUCAGUAUGAGCGUGGGUCGAGAAUGGACAAAAAGGCGGACCUAUUCGAUGCGCCGGUUAGGGAGAACAGAGUUCGGAGACGAGCGGGCGAUUUGUUUGAUUAGAGAUCCUGAAAGAUUGGCAGCAUGGCAUGACAUGCUCUGGAUAUCAGCACCGGAACGUCACGAUUUGCGUUGGACGAUGCAGGUGGAUAGAAGGCGAUCGCAAAUCACUCUGAGGGAGUGAAUGCCUCGGGCAUCCUCGGUCUUGGAAAAUGGCGGAAGCGGAAUGAAUUGUAAAAUAUGCAGAUAUGUCUUCUGCAUGGGGCGGACACGAUAUAGUUCUGACGCAACAUGCACAAUGAAUAUCUAUUCGGACAACUCGACA